AUUUUCAGUUCAUUCAUUGCAGCCAACCUCACACAACGUCAUGCUGCAGGUAGAGAAUCAGUGUGUCUCGAUUAGCCCUGUUGUGCGGUUUCAUUCCAUUUCUUUCAUAGAGAAAAUCGCUCUACCAAAAAGAUAAACUAACGGUGCUUCCUUGUUUUGCUCAUCGGCUUCGACUGUUGUGUUGACACAUCUGCAAAACGGUAGGGAUUUUUUAUUAUCGAAAAUAGGUAUUACCCAAAAGAUAGCGAACUACAAGAACCAACGAAUCGCACCUGAUUGUACAAAUUUCGUCACUUCUUUCAUCAAUAAUUGACGUCGUUCUAAACGGAACGUGGCUAAAUAUGCUAAUGAUAAAAUGUUUACUCCACGGUGGCUUAAGAGCACUAAGACCGACUCAAAAAUGAAGCUGCUACUGGUGCUACUAACGGGUGUAAUUGUCGGUACAAGAACUGAGCAACAGAUUUCACUCGAGAUGGUUUCGCCUAGCGCAAACGUAACGCAUCACCGGAACAGUGACUACGAUUACGAGUACGUAUCGAAUUGGCCUUCAUUGGACCGACAGCUAGGCUCCGUGUCAGCAGUUGCUAUUGAUUCCCACGGGAAUGUUGUUAUCUUUCAUCGUGGAUCGCAUGUUUGGGAUGAAGGAACCUUCGAUUCGCGUAACGUCUAUCUUCCCAUUGAUCGAGGACCCAUAGCCGAGCCAACGCUGCUGGUCUUAAGCAAUCAAACCGGAGCACUUGUCAGUGAAUGGGGAGCUAAUUACUUCUACAUGCCGCAUGGCUUGACUAUUGACCGGAACAAUAGUUAUUGGCUUACCGACGUCGGUCUACAUCAAGUUUUCAAGUUCGAUCUGACCGUUUCCAGUACCGUGCCGGUGCUAGAGCUUGGGCGUCGCUUCAAACCGGGUAACGAUCUGCACAGCUUUUGCAAACCAACAUCAGUUGCAGUACUGGAAAGUGGGGAUUUUUUCGUAGCCGAUGGCUACUGUAACGGUCGAUUGAUGAAAUUCUCCCCGGAAGGGAGACUGAUCCUAAGCUGGGGAAAAAAUUCCUUCGCCCUGACCAGGGCUUACAGACUACCCGCAGGACCUGUGCCGGAGAGCUUCUUUGCCAUUCCUCACGCACUAACAUACGCUGAGGAUAAAGAUUUGUUGUGCGUCGCGGACCGCGAGCAGGGCAGAGUGCAAUGCUUCUCGGCUCGAAACGGAACAUUCCAUUCAAUGUACAGUCAUCCCCAGAUAGGGAACCGAUUGUUCAGUGUUAAAUACGUUCCACUGAGUGGGGGUCUGUUCUACAUCGUUAACGGGCCUCAGUUUACCGGUGUAAAACCUCCGAUAAACGGAUUCGUGCUGUCCAUGAGCACCGGCAACAUCGUGGGUAAAUUUUUCCCUCCCAACCAGCAGAUGGCAUUCAGCAAUCCACACGAGCUCAGCGUCAGCUCAGACGGUGGCCAAAUAUACGUAGCUGAGCUAUCUCCAACCACGGUACACAAGUUUGUGCUCAAACACCAACCUCUUGAGGAUCAUCAGGAAUAUCAUCAGCCAGUAGUAGCGAAACCAUCACUCUCACCUGUGCAUAUGAUUCCAACUGGGUUGGAUGAACCAUCGGCGGAAGUAUCGGACUCUCUGUACGCCAGUAGCCUGACGGUGGUCGUCGUUGUAAGCAGCUUGCUAGCAACCAGCUGUCUGGUGUUGUGCCUCUCACGAACGAUCUGUUUCAAAGCUAGCAGACGGCAUCGAUUUUCCAGUACCGUCGAAAACAUUUCUCUCCGCAGUCUUCGCCAUUCCGAGGACAAUCAGGCAUGAUUGACGACUGCAACGACUGCAAACGGCAACUAACAGUCUUAUUACAAUUCACACAACGAUGAGGACGACUCAGCGGUAACUUGCACUGUGAUUUAAAGUUUACUUAAGAUAAAUAUAUUUGCCUCGAUGCUUGCUGAAAUGGAA